AUGCUGCACGAGCCCCCCCUGUACCGCAGGGAUGCGAGGGUCUCGAGCUGCAGGGGCUUUUUAGGAGCUCGUGCAGGUCUGUUGGUGGUGGUGGUGGUGACCUUCCCCUGGCUGUUUGCAGUCAUUGACGCUAUGAUUCUCUCUCUGGCCGCGGCAGCAGCCAUGAGUAGCGGCAGCAGUAGCAGCCUCAACUCCUCCUCCCUCGACCCCUUCGACUCCUCCACCUCCUGGAGUCUGGGCGAGGACCCCUCUAACUCCUCUUCAGAACUGGUCGUACGAACUCUGACCCCUGAACUCCAACCUGCGACCACUGCUGUAGCCGUGCAGGAGGUCAGUCCUUGGGAUAUCGCUCUCUGCGUGACAGGGACGCUCAUCUCCUGCGAGAACGCCUUGGUGAUCGCUGUGUUGUUCUACACGCCAACGCUUCGAGCGCCCAUGUUCAUCCUGAUUGGAUCACUGGCGGUGGCGGACCUCCUGGCCGGUUUGGGCCUCAUCUUGAACUUUGUCUUCACAUACUUGGUCGACAGCUCGGUGGAGUUUGUGACUCUUCUGUCAGUCGGACUGCUCAUAUCGGCGUUCUCGGCAUCCGUCCUCAACAUCCUCGCGAUCACGGUGGAUCGUUACCUGUCCUUGUACAACGCCCUGACCUACCACACUGAACGGACAGUCACCUACACCUACGUGAUGGUAAUCUUCAUCUGGGUGUCGUGUCUAACGCUCGGUUUGCUGCCGGCGCUCGGCUGGAACUGUCUAAAGGACGAUUCGUCGUGCAGCAUCUGCCGGCCGGUCACCAAAAACAACGCCGUGGCGUUAGCCGUCACCUUCCUGCUCGUCUUCGCCCUGAUGAUGCAGCUCUACCUUCAAAUCUGCAAGAUCGCCUUCCGCCAUGCGCAACAGAUCGCCGUGCAGCAUCAGUUCAUCGCCAUCUCCACCACAAAAGGAGUCUCCACGCUGUCGGCCAUCUUGUGUGCCUUCGGGGCGUGCUGGUUGCCAUUCGCCAUGUACUCUAUUGUGGCAGACUCGACCUACCCGGUGAUAUACACCUACGCCACGGUUCUACCAGCCACCUGCUGCUCUGUGAUCAACCCCAUCAUCUAUGCGUUCAGAAACCCGGACAUCCAGAAGUCGCUUUGGAUGGCGUGCUGCGGUUGCGUCCCAUCCAACCUGUCCCUCAGACCCAGGACCUCCAGUGACGUGUAG